UUUAGGAAGUAUGACGAAGUCUCCUACGACAACACACAGCAACUUCGCUUUUAAAUUAAUAUUCAUGAAACAAACCUGUGACAUAGUACAAUUUUAUUUUUGGAAACGACUUAUUUAAGUAAAUUCGGAGAAUGUUUUUUUUGUUUUGUUUUGUUACUGGUAGACAUCUGUCGUGUUGAGGAGGAGAUAUGAGUUGUCAGAUAAGUCGAACACGGUUAAGAGCAGCAAGACAGGUGCUUCACAUGCGAACGCCUCCACCUGCAGGUACAGGCGUUUAUAUAAGCGUAUUAAUUAUUGUCAUAUAAUACAUGGUUAAUGUAACGUUUAGACUAACAGGUAGGUAGGUGAGUCAUGGCGUCGUCUGUGCGCGUGGCGGUGCGGGUCCGUCCAUUGAGCCAAAGGGAGAAGGACCUAUCAGCUAAAGUCAUUAUACAAAUCCAUGGACAUGAAAUAUCUAUUCUGAACACAAAGGAGAACUUCCACAGCAUGACUGGAGAACCGUUUUGGGAGAGAGGGAAGACUUUCUCAUAUGAUCUCUCAUAUAACUCAAUGAAUAGCACCAGUCCGAACUUUGUGACCCAGGAGAAGAUAUUCACUGAUCUGGGCACUGAUGUCCUGCAAGCAGCUUUUGAGGGUUUCAAUGCCUGCGUCUUUGCUUAUGGGCAGACAGGCUCAGGAAAGUCCUACACCAUGAUGGGCAACCCGGUUGAUAAUGGAUUGAUUCCAAGGAUCUGUGAGGGAUUGUUCCAUCACACCAGUGGAAUGUUACAAAGAGACAAAGCAUCAUUUCACAUGGAGGUCAGCUACUUUGAAAUCUACAAUGAGCGCGUUCGAGAUCUUCUUCCAAACAUAGAGAAAAAAGGCUGUGAGCUGAGAGUGAGAGAACAUCCUAAAGAUGGACCAUAUGUGGAGGCCCUGUCCAGACACCAGGUGCAAAGUUACACCGAUGUUGGCCAGCUGAUGGAAGAGGGCAACAGAAGGCGUGCCACUGCCAGCACAGUCAUGAACCAUGUCAGCAGCCGAUCCCACGCCAUCUUCACCAUUCGCUUCAUCAAGGCCAGAUUUGAUACAGAGUUACCAAGUGAGACAGUGAGUAAGAUACACUUGGUUGACCUGGCAGGAAGUGAAAGAGCUGGUGCCACGCAGGCUACUGGCACCAGAUUGAAGGAGGGUGCCAACAUCAACAGAUCUCUGGUCACUCUGGGCAUCGUCAUCUCCACUUUAGCUGAUCUGUGUGUUGGUGGUGGAAUGAAAAGAAAGCAGAGUUUCAUUCCAUAUCGAGACUCCGUUCUUACCUGGCUCCUAAAGGACAGUCUUGGCGGGAACUCCAAAACCAUAAUGAUAGCCACCAUCUCACCUGCCGAUGUGAACUACAGCGAAACUUUAAACACCCUUCGUUAUGCAAGCCGGGCCAAGAACAUUAUAAACAAGCCCACCGUGAAUGAGGACAGCAAUGUAAAGAUUAUCAGAGAGCUGCGAGCUGAGAUUGCCCAUCUGAAAGCCUUGCUGUCUGCAGGAAGUCAGAUUACUUUAUUUGAGCAGCCUGCAGGGACAAGUGUAAAGGAGAAGCUUCACCAGGAUGAAGCCAGAGUUCAGGAACUGACAAAACAAUGGGCUAAUCGCUGGAAAGAAAUCCAAAACAUUCUUGGGGAAGAAACGGUAGCUCUCAGAAAAGAGGGUAUUGGGGUAGUGAUUGACUCCCAAAUGCCCUAUUUGAUCAGCAUAGGUGAAGAUCUACUCAGCACAGGGGUCGUUCUCUAUCACUUGAAGGAAGGCAGAACGUCAGUUGGGGCUGGAGGAACCGAGCCAGAGCAGGAUAUAGUUCUCCAUGGUGAAGCUCUUCAAAGGGAACACUGUGUUUUUGAGAACCAGAGGGGGGCCGUCACACUCCUGCCGCUCUCUGGAGCCAGGUGUGCAAUCGAUUGGGUGGAGGUGACCAAGCCCUGCCUCCUAACCCAGGGAGUGAGCAUACAACUGGGAAGGGCCACCAUGUUCCAUUUCAACCAUCCACAAGAAGCAGCUCAACUUAGGGAGAAACGUAAGUCUGGGCUGUUUGCAUCAAGUAACUCCACUGGGUUUGAUUUCUCCAUGCCGUCUGAGAACUCUUUCAGUCAUUUCAGCUCAGCAAAUAAUUCUAUCCAACCUGAAGACACCACAGAAGCUUUAAAAAGAAGUUGUAUGCCCCAUCUUUUAGGAGAGACUAAGAGGAUAUUUUCCACAACUGUUGCUCCUACUGACUUGCUUUAUCCCCAACACAAGACAGACAGUUUCCAUGGACCUUUAAACUCUCAGUAUAUUGCUAACACACUCAGUGCACUUAAUGAACACUGUGGCACUAACAACCCUUCAGGGGUUGGCAAAAGUCUAGGAAAAGAGCUUCCUACAAACCUCAUCAUCCAGGGGGAGCAGCAGUACUCAGCCUCUCAUAAAUCAGAAACUGAAGCUCAGUCAUUGGACAUGACGGAAAAGGAGCCGGAGAGGGAGGAAACCGGGGUGAAUGGAGGGCUCUGGGAUACUAGUGUAUUCAAGGAGUGUCAUAACGGGCCCACUGGGUUCCUAGAUGUCAAGCAGCAGUAUCCCUGGCAUCCAGUCAUAGGCACAGAAGGGAGCUUGUUAGUCGAGGAAUCCCAUAUACAGAGAAGGGACUCCUCCAUGGAAGAAGGAGCUGCACUUUUCCCUCGCUUGGGGCACUUUUCACACAAACACAGUCCAUCCAGCACACUUGCCAAAGGAGGCCAAUAUAGCGAGCACUUUUUAUCCAGAACAUCUGUUGAGAGCCAAGAAGGCAAAACCCUUCCAAAAGGUAGUGGGUUCAGCUCUAGUCUGGGGAGCCUCAUAGGUAGAAUGUCCUGGAUGCUGGCUGAUGCAGGACGUGUGCUUACAAACAUUUUGAAGGAACAAAGUGGUCAUAGAGGAUUGGGUUGGUACAAUCAAAUGUGCUCACUGGCAAAGGAUCUACCCUUUGUGCAACACAUCCAUUUUGAGUUGACUCAUGGACCACAGGUGAACUCUCUGGAGGCAACCCAGAUUUUCCACAAUCCAUCCCUCAAGGACAUUCUGUCAACAAGGGAACAUAAUGUAUUGUUGCUUUCCAAACCAGAUCCAUCUAGAUCCAGUGAUGUAUCUUUGAUGGCCUUGGAUGCAACUCUCAAUUCAGUGACCACCCAGAGAAGUGAUGGAAUGAAGGUGUGCUGCCAAAGACUCCAUUCAGUAUCUGAAUCCUUGCUCCACCUCCAGAACCUUCCACCUCAACAGCUUCUCUCCUGCCUACACAGUGUUAUCCCUGCCCCCUUGCUAAUGGAAGAGAGUGUGUUAGGUUUAUACUGGCUUGGUGUUGCAACCUGCUCUCAGCCUGAACCACAGCCUGCUGUUAUUGUCCUAUUUCAUACUCAGCUUUUGGUAGUAACCUUUGACCCUGUACCUGAUUCUUCCAGUCCCACACAUUCUUUAAAUGUUUUCUACCAGUUGACCUUUCAGCAAUUGCAGGAAAUCCACAUAGGUUUUGCUGGGCAGACGGUCAGACUGGCAGGCAACGUAGAGAACAGCAUCCUUACUUUUCACACCUACAAUGCAAGCUUGACCCAAGAACUGUCCCAAACCCUACUCCAUGCCCUCUGCCCCUCAGAGAAAGUACUGGACCACCCAUUGCUGUCAGGUGACCUGGUACGCUUGUCCCUUGACUGGGACUCUCAUAUUAAGGAUUUGCUACUACCCUGUGGUGCACGCCUUACAUGCUGCUUCCAGAAAACCCUGGCCAAGUUGGUCUUCCUGUUACAUGGCAACAUGCAGGGUGAGCGUCCAGCACUUGCACAUGUGCAGUUGCUCCUCUACACUACCGUCAGAUUUCUGCGAUCCAAUUGGGAGCCACAGUCUGACUGUCUCAAACCUGAUUCACAGGUGGCACCUACAGACUCUGAAGUUUCUAAACUUGUCCAGUUUGUCCUGACUGACACACACCUCUGUCUUUUGUGGGAGGAUGGUGUUUACCACCCACCUUCAUGUUCAGUAGCUAUGGUGGCGCGUCAAGCCCAGUUCAGACUGAUAGACCUGCGGCAACGUUCAGAUGUCCGUUGUGUGCUAGUCAGAGAUGGAUAUGGUAGUAUGCGUCUGGAUGUGGUUCUGGCUCGUGAGUGGCAGAAAUCACGUGGUACAAGGGGUCACCCUCAACCCCCUGAGGUCUGCCGAGCUCUUGAGGCAGCUGCCCAAUCUCCCAGCAACUCCGAUUCAUCUCCCCGGAAUGAAGUGUGGAAAUUAACUUUCAGCAGCUCCGCUGAGGCCAGCUUUCUGAUUAAUAACUUGUCAAACGUUUGAUCAAGGUCCUUCCAGCAAAAUCAUUUACAGCCUGGUGAGAAGAAUCUGACAGCAGACUGCAAAAGGGCUGAGUGCACCAAAAACAUGACAUUGGUCAGUACCACUAGGAUUUGAGAAAUAAAGACAUUUUUCUAAUUAGGGGGCCAAGCAGCAAACUCCUGGAACCCUAUUGUAACUGUACUAAUAUUUAGGGGGCCAAGCAGCUGGAACACUAUUGUAAUUGUACUGACUUUCUUCUAUUUCUUUUUUUUCUGCCCUAAAAGUGUCUGGGCAUCAGAAACCGUAUGUCGUGGAGACAUCAACUUGGCAGGAUGAUCCCAACCCCCCUCAAAUACUAUAUCUAUAAAUAUGCAUAAUGAGAAAAGGGACUCAACCUGACUUUUCUUGUUCAGUUAGAGCAAUAAUCUAAUGAAUGAGAUUGCUUCUAAUUUGGGUUUUAAAUGUUUAUGUUUGAAAUGUUAAGUCACCAGUAAGCUGUUGUGGCAUUUUGCUUCUUCAUUCUGAUAUUUAUCUUCUCUAUUCUGUCUCUUUGGCUCAUUUAAACCAUUUUAGGCAGUAUCUUAUGGCCCUUCAUCACAGAAUAUGCAUGUUGGAUGCCUGUAGUUGACAGCUGAGAGAAGCCAGGGUCAAGGAGAGAUUUUGCUGCUGGGUCACUAAACUUCUUACAUCAUCCUGUUGCUAACAUGCCCUUCUGUUCUAGACCCGUGUGUGUGUGUGUGUGUGUGUGUGUGUGUGUGUGUGUGUGUGUGUGUGUGUGUGUGUGUGUGUGUGUGUGUGUGUGUGUGUGUGUGUGUGUAUGUGUAGCGUGUAUUUAUCACUUUGUGGGGACCAAAUGUCCCCAUAAGGAUAGUAAAACCCGACAUUUUUGACCUUGUGGGGACAUUUUGUCGGUCCCCAUGAGGAAAACAGCUUAUAAAUCAUACUAAAUUAUGUUUUUUGAAAAUGUAAAAAUGCAGAAUGUUUUCUGUGAGGGUUAGGUUUAAGGGUAGGGUUAGGUUUAGGGGAUAGAAUAUAAAGUUUGUACAGUAUAAAAACCAUUAUGUCUAUGGAAAGUCCCCAUAAAACAUGGAAACACAACGUACGUGUGUGUGUGUGUGUGUGUGUGUGUGUGUGUGUGUGUGUGUGUGUGUGUGUGUGUGUGUGUGUGUGUGUGUGUGUGUGUGUGUGUGUGUGUGUGUGUGUGUGUGUGUGUGUUCUUUAGCUAGUCAUGCUUCCUGCUUCAGACCACUGAGGAAAAGCAAUAGGAGAAAGAUACCCGCCAUACCUUAUCUAAAAAGAAUGUGUCAAUCAUGUGUGGAAAAUGAUGGGUGCAAUCAGCUAGUGCUUUUAUAUGACAGAAUGCCAGAUAGAGUGGGAGAGAGCUCCUUUUAAUAGAAGUACAUUAUGUACUUUCUCAAAAUCAGUGCUUUUCACCUUUCUAGGUUUGAAAUACUAUGUGAAAAGCACCUGAACUAAGCCCCAUACUUCCCAUAAAAAUGAUUUCAAGUAGUAUCUCUUAUGGCUAGCUGUAAGUAAUAUUAUUUAUUUCAUGUUUUUUUUACAUAGUAAUACAAUUAGAAUAAUGACACAUCAUAUCUCAUAAGUAUAUGUUUAUAUUAGUGCUGCCAUUUGAUCAAAAUAUCUAAUCAUGGUUAAUUGUAUAAUUCUUCAUAGAUAAUCAUGAUUAAACACUUAUUUUGAAAGUGCUGAAAUGUAACAAUUUACUCUCUGUCAAAAUUCAUGAAAAUAUUAAGACAAAAAGGAGUGAUUUGUAAAUUCUAUUCACGUCCUAUAUUGAAAGUGCUACAACAACACAUCAUUUUAAGUUUUACCUUGUGAAUAAUAAUAUAUAUAUAUAUAUAUAUAUAUAUAUAAUGUGUAUCUAUUUUAUUUUUUAUGUACUCUCAUUUUAAAUCAGAUGAUUGCAACAUGAUCCAAAAUCUUUGGGAGAGUUGAGCAUUAUAUCUGUGUAAUAUCACCAUUUCUUCUAAUAACUUGGGAAGUGAAUACACAAGUUUAAGUUUAGCAAGCAGAAUUUUCCCUCAUUUAUCCAUUAUGCAGGUCUUCAGCUGCACAAUUGUACAGGUUGCAAUAUUUUGCACUUAAUAAUUUGCCACACAUUCUCAAUUGGAGACUGGUCACCCCAAUCUAGCACCUGCACUCAAUACAAUUUUACUUCAAGCGACAGCAUUUGUGGCAUAAUAUUAAUUACCACGAAAAUUAUUUAUGACUUGACCCUCUUUUUUUUUUUUGUUUCUGAAAAAAAAAAAGCAAAAAGAGGUCAUGGUGAGGCACUUUCUGAACUAGAAUUUUCAAAUGUAUGUCCACAUGACAAACAGUAAGUGUGUUAACAUGAUUUAUGUGCAAUAAAAUCACCUACUAACCUUUUUUGUGUAAAGUUAUUGCCAAUUUUGCAACUUUGUUGCCAUGACAAUAUAAUGUCAACAAAAUCUAAAACCCUAAAAUGACUGAAAAUUGCAAAACUUUACAGCUCAAAUAAUACAGUUAAAAUAGAGUUUUAACAGGAGAAUGAAUGUAAGUGCUCUUCUAAAAUUAUAAGCUUCACAUUUCUGCCAUUAAGCGCUCCACAAAUUGGUCCCAUUCACGUCCAUUUUAAGUGCUUCACUGUAACCUAAAUUGUUUUUUUUAAAGAAAAGGAGGGGCGAAAUGCUGUUGAUUGUGCUUAAAUUUUAAAGGAACCAGGUAUGUUCCUUUAAGGCUUUAGUAUUUUUACUCAUCGAAGAGUCACAAAGAUUUUAAACUUAUUUAAUUCUAAGAUAUUUUUCCCUCUAUAUAUCUAUCUAUAUAUUUAUAUUUAUGUAGAAUGUAUUGAUUAACAUGUGUUAAUGGUAGUGCAAUGAAUAUUUGAGCUGCUUUCUUUCUAAAACACUAAAGCCCCAUACACAUGCUGCUAUGAAGCGACAAGUUCUCAUUCAUUUUCAAUGGGAGCUGGCUACUACCAGCGACACGAGCGAUAGCGACCUCUGGCGACUAGAUCGGGGUGUGGCGAGCAACACGGCAAAGUUGAGAAAAGUUUAACUUCAUGCAAAUGAGGAGCGACAACCAAUAGGAGUGAAUAUGGUGUUCACUGGAGCUUAUGACACCAUCUCCUUUGAGUUGAGUGCAGGCAAUACACCAGAGAAGUUUCUGUGUGUGAUUUCACUGUUCUGUUCUGUUUGAUUCGUCUGUAACCACAUGUAUGGAUAUAAUAAAAAAGAUG